AUGGGACUUCUCUCCUCAAAGGCUGCCCACAGGUGGGGACAGCGCGGACUCUACGCCACCGGAAUACUCGGCUUCGGGUAUGUCGGGGUUGACUAUGCAACAGACGACUCCCUGACGCGCUCGCUGCGCACGCUGGUCGCCUUUGGCACCAUUGUGCGCAUAUACAAAUUCACUACCCCUGACACGCCUGAGGAACUGUCUGUCAUGCAUAGCCGCGUCGCACGCAUCGUCCUCGACACGUGCCUCAAAAAUGAAGGACUCUACAUCAAGAUAGGACAAGGCCUGAACUCCAUGAGUCACGUGCUCCCGCGCGAGUACACGGAUGUGCUCAAAGUGCUGUUGGACCGGGCGCCACCUGUUCCGAUCGCGGAGAUUCGAAAGACCAUCCGCGCCGAAACCGGCAAGGAAAUUGAGGAGUUGUUUGUUCGCUUUGACGAGACACCAGUGGCCUCGGCGUCGAUUGCGCAGGUGCACCAAGCGUGGCUUCCACCACCGGCAGACGGCUCCUCGCCGGAGCCGCAGAGGGUAGCCGUGAAGGUGCGCAAGCCGUGUAUCUCCACCCAAUCUGUGUGGGACCUGUACAUGUAUAGUGCCAUCAUGGUGCUACUCAAGCUCCUGUUUGACCUGCCGACAGACUGGUCGAGGAAGACCGUGUGCGACGCGUUGGUGCGUGAGAUGGACUUCACCUUGGAGGCGUCCAAUGCGAAGCGCUUUCGGCGCGCCUUCCGCGACAACCCGCGCUUGUACAUCCCGCGUGUCCACGACGCGUACACCUCAACGCAGUUGCUCGUGAUGGAAUGGAUCGAGGGAACGAAGCUGAAUGAAGUAGAGUCCGUACGAGCACAGUACGAUGCGAAGCGCGUGUUGACCACCUUGUUCGACGCCGUUGGUGACAUGGUCUUCAAGCAUGGCUUCGUCCACGCCGAUCCGCACGCUGCCAACGUCAUUGUGCGACCCAUGCCGAAAGCCGAUCCAGCGCCAGCAACUGUGGGCACGGACAUGGCUGCUGCCACUACCACCACCCCGCCGGCGGAGACGGCCACGCGGCACACCAAGGCAGGGCACGACCCGAACGACUAUCAAGUCGUGCUCAUCGACUUUGGCCUCGCCACACCGGAGCGGGUACGUUUUCGCUAUCAAUACGCCCUCCUCUUUGUAAGCCUCUUCACCCAUGACAAGGAGUCACUGCGGCAGGUAGUGCACGACUGGGGCAUCGACGACGUCGAGGUGUUCGCAUCCUUCCAGGCCCAGAAACCCUUUGAAGCGAUCCAGGCCGGCAGCUACGACGAAGUCACACGAGACGAGGUGAUUGCCCUGCAGAAGAAGGCGCAUGAGCGGGCAAAGGAGAUGUUGCGUGACACAAGGCGUAUUCCGAAGGAACUCAUAAUGGUGGGCCGCAGCCUCGACAUCCUGCGCGGCGUCAACCGGCUUUACGGGUCACCCGUGAACCGCAUGAACAUGUUUGUGCAAAGUGCUGUGGAGUGUCUGGGUCCACUGCACAACUAUGACGAGGUUGACGCGUACUUGAAGCGCAUGCAGAAGAUCAUCGAGGCGCGGGGUUGUUUGGCAGCGGUCGCCAUGGACUACUACCAGGAGUACGAAAGCGUGUACGAUGCCUCCGCAGACGCCGUGCGUGAGGAGCAAGAGGCUGCAGCAGCACAGAUUGUCUCCGAGGACGCGCAGCUUGGGUGUCAUCAUCCCUCUCAAGGGCUGGUGUCGUUGCUGCGCGCAUGGCUCGACGCCGCCUAUCGUUCCUGGAUGCUGCGCAGUCUUCUGUUUCUACUAACCGCGGCUCACGUGCUCACCUACACGUACAACUCACUGAUCGCAACGCUUCUGCCCGCCGCAGCGCAGAAGAGACUCCGCGUCGCAAGCCUGGAAGACCGACAUGAACGUUCAUUCGGGCUACAGAGAAGAUAUAAAGAGGAAGAGAUGCCGGAAACUGCCCUGGCAGUCGGCUAA